AUGGCGCCCUUCAAGUCUCUGUGGCUUCUCCUAGCCUUAUGGUGCUGCGUUCAUGGCAGUGAUGCUGCCCUCCCUCAGCGCCUCACGUUAAAGCAGCACUAUGCUAAGUUCCAGGAGAGGGCUUCUUCUCGGCCUUCACUCAAUCAAGCAGUGUCGAAGGUUUUCGACCCCAUUUCUUUUGGAGCCGACUCGACCGGGGCUGCAGACAGCAGCGACGCCAUCAUGAACACUAUCAAUGCCACCUUCCAGGCUCAGCAGGGCAAGGAGUUGCUGCCGGGGAUCAAUGACUUGGGUGGCGCGGUGGUGGACUUGCAAGGUGGCAACUACAAGAUCAGCAAGCCCAUCCGUUUGCCCAGCGGCGGUGGAAAUGUUGUGAUCCGUGGUGGAACUCUGCGGGCAGAUGAUAAUUUUCCUACCGAUGGAUAUUUGAUCGAGUUGCAUUCGCCGUCCUCCGAUCAGAAGCACGGCUUCUACUACGAGGACAUCACCUUCCGCGACAUCCUCUUCGACUCGGGCUUCCGCGGCGGUGGCCUCCUCGUGAUCGACUCGGCUCGCAUCCGCGUCGACAACUGCUUCUUCAUCCACUUCGGAACCGAAGGCAUCCACGUAAACAGCGGCCACGAGACCUUCGUCUCCAACACCUUCCUCGGCCAGCACGUCACCGUCGGCGGCGACCCCGGCGAGAGGAGCUUCUCGGGCACCGCCAUCAACCUUGCGGGCAACGACAACGCCGUCACCGACGUUGUAAUCUUCUCCGCCGGCACCGGGAUCAUCCUCUCCGGACAGGCCAACAUCCUGACCGGCGUGCACUGCUACAACAAGGCCACCGGCUUUGGCGGCGUCGGCAUCUACGUGAAGCUGCCGGGCAACAGCCAGACUCGCAUCGACAACUGCUACAUGGAUUACAACGCGAUCGUCCUCGAGGACCCGGUGCAGGUCCACGUCACGAACGCCUUCUUCCUCGGCGACGGCAACGUCGUCCUCAAGUCAGUGAACGGGGUCAUCUCGGGGCUGACCAUCGUCGACAACAUGUUCACGGGGAACGGCAACGCAAAGGCAGUGGUCGAGGUGCAGGGCACGUUCAACCAGGUGGACCAGGUGGUGAUCGAUCGCAACAGCGUGACAGGCAUGUCGGUGAAGUCGACGACUGCUAAACUGACGGUUGCCGGCAAGGCGGACAAGUGGGUGGCCGACUUCUCACCGAUUUUGCUGUUCCCUGACCGGAUCAAGAACGUGCAGUACUCGCUGUACGUGAAUGGAAAUGAGAGCAUUCCGCUGCAUGCGGUGACCAGCACGAGCAACAACAUGGUGGUGGUGGAGGCCGACCAUGUCGUCGACGGCGGUGUCUGGGUGUCGGUGGAUCAGUACUCCAAGUAG